GAACACCCCGCCCACCGUGAUAUGCAGCCACUCGUUACCUAUAAAACCGGCGGCUCCGAUCGACAUUCUGCAGUAAUUUUAGUUCUCCAAGCAAACGCACACCAACAUGUUGAAGGCGACGCUUCUGAUAGCGGCCCUGGGCCUGGCCCACGCUGGUGUGGUGCCCGUGCAACCUCAGCAGUACGUGGCCCAAGGACCUGCCCCCACGUACAUCGCUGCCGCCCCCGGCCUGCCCGCCGGUUUUGCCCAACAGGCUCGUGCCCUUCCUACCAUCUACCGCACUGCCGCCCCCGCCGCCCAACAACCCUUGCAACUGGCCGCCGCUCCUCAGCAGACCAUCUAUCGCGCCGCUCCAGCCUAUGCUGCCGCCCCCGCUUAUGCUGCCGCCCCCGCCUACGCCGCCGCCCCCGCUCCUGUGGCCAUCAACCCUGCCCAGUUCGCUUACCGCCAGGCCGCCCCCGCCGCCGCUCCUGCCCCCGCUGCCAACCCCAUCCAGGACUACCAGCGUGACGCCCUUGCUGCCCAGAGGGUUGUUCAGUCCCGUCCCCAGCCCGCUGCCGCCCUUCGUCGUCCUGCUGGACAACAGCAGCAGCAGCCCCUUGAGGAAGACUACGACCCCAAUCCCGCUUACAACUUCUCCUUCGACGUUAAGGACGAUCUGAACACCAACUACCAGAACCGCAAGGAAUCGCGUGAGGGAAACCAGAUCAAGGGUAGCUACAGCGUCGUCGAUUCUGACGGAUACAUCCGCACUGUCACCUACACCGCUGACCCCACUGAGGGAUUCAAGGCUGAGGUUAUCCGUGAGCCCACCGACAUCAAGGUUUUGGUUCCCACCCCCGCCCCCGCCAACACCCUGGCCGCCCAGCGUGCUGCCGCCCCCGCCAGAAAAUAUGCCCCCCAGCAGUACCAGCAGGCGCAGCCCCAACAGUACCAACAGGCCCAGCCUCAGCAGUACCAGCAGCAGGCCGCCCCUCAGCAGUACCAAGGCUAGUUUGAGUUGCCAAAGGGCAAGCCUACGAGCCUCAAAACUGCACAAAUUCUCGUCCCCCCCCCCCCCAAACUGAAAAGACUCAAAAUUUCCCACGUUCAGUGUGACUGCUCGCGAAAAUCCCUCCUCCUUAAUUAAUUUAAGUGAAAAGAACAUGUGACAAUUAUUGUAUACUCUCUGUGGAGAGCAUGAAUGGAGAAAUAAAAAUUUGUAUAAAAAAUA